AUGGCAAACGAAAUGCCAGAAAGCAGUGGAGCUGUGGCAAUGCGCCAGCUGCGGUCAUUAGAUGAUGUAAAUAUGGCAAUUGAAAGCACUGCAUGCAAGCUUGUUGUAAUAAGGUUUGGUGACGGGGAUGAUCCGUUGUGCAUGCACACAGAUGAGCUCCUUACGAAGGCAUACUUUGCAGUCAGAAACUAUGUUGAUGUGUACACUUGUGAGAGAAGCGAUGUCAAAGAGCUUGUUGGAGCGAUGGGCCUUGACUCUGCACUUGGUAUCAUGUGUUUUUUCAACAAAAGGCAUGUAAAGAUAGACUGUUCGAGUGGAGACAAUGAGAAGAUAGACUUUGCGGUUGGUGACGAGAAGAUAUUUAUUGAGCUGUUUACUCUUGCAUACAAAGCCGGUGUUAGGAACAAAAGGGUGGUUGUGUCUCCGUUCAGUCUUGAGGAGUUGAAAAAUGGAUGGUAA